AUGAUCCUGAACACCAGUUUCGGUCUCUAUUGUGCGAUCGUUUCGAUCAUCAGCAUUCUGCUGAAUCUGCUUUUCUUGUUGGUCACCAAGUUAAAGCGAGUUGAGGGUUUCCAGGAAGUGUUGGUUUUUAUGCGUAACAUUGCCGUAGGCUAUAUUUUGAUGUCCCUGUGUUUGGUGGCGAUAGCGCCGCAACAAGUGGUGGUGAAUGCAAGCAUCAUAUUUAUUCCACAUGGGUUGCUGGCUCAGGCCGAUUCCGUCCUUAUGGUGAGUAUUCCAUGCUGAUGACGCAUUUCAAAUCUCCAUUCCUCCAUAAAAUUAAAUGAGAGUGAAGAAAUAAGAUCGUGCCGGUGGUUUGGGAAGAAAAACGAUAAAAACGCUUCCCAAAUUUUUUUGAAAAAAUAGAAUGGAAGAAAGAAAGCCGGCACAAAAAAAAACAAAUUUACUGUCUUCUUCAAAAUCCCAAAGUCGAUCUUAUUUCCUCAUUAAAAAAUUUUUUAAUUCCAGCAUGGCCUCGCCUCCUUGGGUUGUGGAAUCUACCUGUAUACGGUGUUCAGCUUCAUGGUUAUGUUCUUAUAUCGUUACAACGUCACUUGCAAGACCUCGAUGAUGUCCUCCGUUUUCUCUCGACGUAACAUUACCACGUUUCUCCUUACUGCGGGCAUUUUUUGUGUGAUUCAAUCAGUUCUUUUCUAUUAUUCCGCAGUCGAUGCAACCUAUUUAUCCGAGAAAUUGAAUCGGACCCGAGAUAUUGAUUCCAUUUUGGCCAAAGAUCAGAAUCUUCAACGGCAACUUCAGAAUCAAGCAGAUAUACAGCAGCAGCAACAGCUUAUUCAGGCCCAAACUGGAGAAGUUGCGCGUCCACAGACCUUGAAUGGGAUGGAAGCGAGUUCUGUCCCGCAGAAAACUGUAAACUCCUUUGAUAAAUUAAAAAAUGAUGACAAAUAAGUUCAAAAAUAAAAAUAAAUUUUAGGUCGGAAUUUUCGGAAUCGACUAUUCCCGGAAUCCGAUGGUCUUUCUAUCUGCUGGAAUCUUUGCCGUGACCAAUGUAAUCAGCUCCGUUAUUAUCCUUGUCGCCUCUUUGGUAGUGGCAUGUAAAUUGAGAGGAAGACAGGUAAAACCUUUUAGACUAAUAUGCUUGACAAUCAUUCUAGGAGGCAAUGUCAGAACAAUCUCACUCGGAGCAUCAAAAGCUGACGAAUGUUUUGAUCCUGGACGCUUAUAUUCCUGUUUUAAUGGCAUUAUGUCCGGCGGUUAAUUUUGUUUUUUGUAUAUUCCAACAGGAUUAUGUGUAAGGAAAUUUGAAUUCUGUUCUAUGUUUUACGAUGACAUUUACGAUGUGGAACUUAAUUUUCAGUCGUUUCCAAGAGUUCUUUGGCAUCCUCGUCUUGGCCCCGAUCCCAGCUCUCUUCCCUUUGAUGAAUGUUUUCUUGGUCCCAGAACUUCGCAACACCGCUUUCCAAGUGGUCAUUCUGACUUACUGGAGAAACAAACGAGCCGCCGUGGACAAGGAACGAAAAGAGAAUUCGAAUCAAGCACAAGAGCAGCUGAACGAGGCACAAGUCAGCGCCUUGAAGAACAUGACCGAUCGGGCCGGAGUGAAGCCAACACAGUAG